CAAGAUGCGGAGAACGCUUCGCUGAUUGCUGCACGGAUAGAGUAACACCUUUAUGGUUUGCCUGCAGUCCUGACAUCUAUCCCAUUGAACACUUGCAGAUCAGUGUGCGCAACACAUGACUCAUUCCUUCCUUGAGCAGCAGUGGAAAUACUUUAUUAUCUUCCAGACUUUAAACACAGAGUUUUUAUGGUUCACUUCGGGGUUUUCGUGCUGGGCUUCUCUUUGGCUUUCUGGAGCUUCACGGCAGCUCACAGAGAGGAUGAAGGAACAUUUGUAGUGAAUGUGACUCAGACGUCCUAUCAGGCAGAGGAGAACCAGAACAUCACCCUGGAGUGGACCUUCAGCACCAGAAGAGACACUUCACUCAGAUCCAUUUCUACCUUCUGUUACCUUUAUACUGAGGACCGAACCUUAGUCCUGUUUCAUCUAAAUGAAGGAGUUGAAUCCCCAGAGUCUCAGGAUCCUCAGUUUGCAGGACGACUCCAGUGGGACAAAGACGUCCUCACAGAAGGACGCCUCACACUUCAUGUCUCCAGACUCAGGACCAGUGACUCUGGAUUGUAUCGGUGUGACAUACUCGUCAUACCUGAUGGGAGUAACUCGAACAGAUGCUCCCUCAACGUCACUGAAGCAAAACCCAACAGCACAUUGAAGACAGAAUUACAAACUCCAGAUCCAAACCAAGAGACGGAUGUUAAAGGGCGUCAUCUGAUUGGACCAGGACAGCCAAUCGAGGCCUCUGUGGGCGAUGACGUAAUCCUCCCGUGUUCUGUGUCGCCCGACUACAACGUUGAGGAUCUGACGGUGGAGUGGUCCCUUCCCGACCUGAAGCCCGACCCCUCGGACCGCCUCAGUCGCGUCGACUACGUCUUUGUGUACCGGAGGAGGAGAGAGGAAGUGGACAUGAAGCUGCAGGAGUUCAUCGGGAGGACGGAGCUGUUCGAGGACGAGCUGAAGGUCGGAAACAUCUCGUUAAAGAUCAGCAACGUGACGCUCGCUGACGCCGGAAAAUACCGAUGUUUCAUCCCAAAGUUAGAGGGCGGCGUGAAGGAGGCGGUCGUACGACUCGUUGUUGAACCCAGAGCCAACAGCACGUUGACGACAGAAACACAAACGAAUUCUCAAACUCCAGAUCCAAACCAAGAGACGGAUGUUAAAGUUGGUCAGCCUCCACUGUGGGCCCUGGUUCUCUCCGUCUGCAUCGUACUCGUCAUGGUAGUUGUUGGGUUUGGAGUUGCACAUUUCCUUUUAAAACGAUGUGUACGUGAGAAGGAAACCAAACGUUGUAUCAUUUGAUGAAACCAAUUCCUGCUUCGCUGCUCAAAGUGGAUUUGAAGAAGGAAUCUAGAAGACAGGUUUGUGGAAAGAAGAACAUCCUGUUAGAGGAACUUUAAAUCUCUGGACAGACGAUCAGUCACUACAUUAGAGGACAUCGACUUCAUGGCAGCGCUGCUCUAAGUGUGUUUAACUUUAGUCCACUGACAAAAGGAAUGAUAUUUGUGAAGAUUUUCUUUUGCCCUCAAACCUUUAUGUCCGUCGUCCUCUUCUUGCCUGAAGGAGUGUACCUUUACAAAUAUACAUGUUUGUUUACUAUAUUGUCCCACAGAUGCCUGUUGCACUGAAUGAUUGUGGGUUCAAACUUCCUCGUCUAACAAGUUUUGCACUUAAACUGAAUUGAACCAGGGUGCACCUCACCAAGUACUUCUAAAGUAGGGUUUAGCAUUCAACGCUAGCUUCUGUUAAACAUAGCUUGCUGAAAUCUCUGCCUUUUGAUUGGUGUUUAUUAACGAACAUAACACACCUCCAAAAGCAGUAAUCUAUGUUGAGACAAUUCGAAAAUAUUGUGAAUGAUUAAGACGAUACUAAAUGUACAUCAUUCAAGUGACGCUAUGAAUGUUUAAAAAGAAAGGAACAAUUUAAAUGUGAAUUUGGUUGCUGUUAUUACAUGUAUUAAUGUGCAGCAAGAAGGAGAGCAAACGUUAUAUGGAAAUCAUUUCAAAUGUUGAUUUAAAUUUGGAGUAACUUUUGUUUGUAUGAUUGAAAGAAUCGGCUAAGAGUUGUCUAAUUGAGGACACCCGAUAAAUGGACUAAACACGAUUUAAAACCACCUUUAAUCUGUUAUAAUUCUGUUAUGUUAUUCUAACUCAUUCUUAGCAACCCAUUUCUAUCAAAUAAAGUCUAAGUUUUCACGGUGCGACCUGAUUUAGUAAAUCAGUGAUGAAGCCAAAUCCAGACUUGAAGAAUAUUCUGUUUUUUUAAGGUUAUUUAUUAUUUUUUACGGUCUUACUUACAACCAGAGGAAACGGAUGUCCCGUCCUAUCGAAGCGGAUUAUAUUCUGUAAAAGUGUGAAUAUGUUGUUUUUUUAGGAUGUGUUGUUCUGCUAUUUUGUAUUUCUUGUAUACAGACUGAUUGUAAAACCAUUCGGAAGGCAUUUAGUGAAUGAAAAAGCAGGUUCCGCACUCUGUUCAUGGUGAAGACAUGCUUCAGUUGAAUGUGUCUCCUCUGUUCUGUUUUAGCACUGAAUGAAAAAGAAACGGUGGAUUUGAAAGGAGAAAUGUUUGUUCCUCUCGGGUCUUCAGAAGUGUUUAAACUGCAUGCAUGCUGCAAAUAAACACUUGUUUGAACACUA